AUGAAAUUUUCUACUUGUUUAGCGUUCCCCUUACUUGUCUCGUCGGUAUGGGCCACGAAGAAUGAUGCAGCAGUUUAUCAAUUGAAUUCUCAAGAAUCUGAUAAAACCCCUGUUGUGACUAACAAAGAUGCCUUGCUUUACUUAUCAGAUAGAUUUGAUAUUUCUGAUUAUUAUAAAAUAGGUGACAAUAGAGACGAAGUUAUCGAUUUUAUUGAUCAACAAAAUGAACUAGUCGACUCCAAGAAAACUGAAAACAAUAAUGCUAAAUUAAUUGUGUUAAUUAAUGGAAUUUCAAAGCCAAACGAAGUUUUCCAAUCCAUUAAACCAGCAUUCAACAUCAAGAGAGCGAAUGGAUAUGAUGAGUUAAGCCAUUCUAUUAUGACGAAGUUUCCAAAACAAAUUGCAACUAUUGGUAACUAUAGCUCAAUCCGAUUAACUAAUGAGAUUAGAUUAGUAUCUAAACAUGAACAAGACAAUUCAUUGUUAAAGCAUUUUGAAUAUUUUAAUGAAAAGCUCAUGGGCAUUUGGUCGUCUUUUACAAGAUCAGUCCAAACCGAUAAUCAAGUUAUUUUAACUAACAAAGUUGAACAGGAUGCUACAACCUUAAAGUUGAUUAAUGACAAGUUAUUCAUAAAUGAAUUAUCACAAUUAGUACACUUGAAUUCAGUGGCACCAAACACUGGUGAUUCCAUGUUUAUUAACUUGAAUUCUUUAUUUUCGCUUGGUAAGAAGACUGGGUAUGAUUCGGAAACGUACAAUUUUUCAAUCAAAGUAAUAUCAGAUUAUUUGGUUGCCUUAUCAGCCAACUAUGAUAUCUCUGUCAUUGCAUUACCGGCUGACAAUAACAACAAGCAUUUAAAUAAUCAUUUGCAAAAGAGAAGUCAAGAGUUAAAUGCUCUUUUCAAAGAAAGCAAUGUCAAUAAGAGAGCUUCCAAUAAUGGCGCAUGUUUUUCUUCUGAAGAUGCAUGUAAUGUUGGUACUUCGAGUUGUAAUUCUCGCGGAAAAUGCUCACAAGUUAAAUCAGGGUGUUGGUCCUGUGUUUGUGCUGCUACUCGUAAUGAAGGCAAGACAAAAACUACUAAUUGGUCCGGCUUUGACUGUAGUAAAAAGGACAUUUCAUCAGAAGCUCACUUACUCUUAUGGACAACUUUAGCUUUGGUGAUUUUAUUUAUUGGCGGUAUAAAAUUAUUAUAUAAUGUCGGAAAUGAAUCAUUACCCGGUGUUCUUGGAGCUGCUACAGCUUCUAAAAAGUCACAAUAG